AUGUCAGUUCAAGAAACAGAAACGUUUGAGGAGGUUUAUAUCAAAGAAGAGAUGAUAGACGCUCAACAAGUUAACACUACUUCAACCUGGUCAUCAUCAGUAUGCUUUGGUAAAUGUGAGGAAAACAACGAAAAUAACAAUCUGAAAGCUGAGGGUGUGCCGGCUAAUCAGUUUGAAGCUGGUUCAGAACACUUCAACCAAGUAGGUGAAGUUGUAAAGAUAGAGGAUGUGCCGGCUAAUCAGUUUGGAGCUGGUUCAGAACAUUUCAACCAAGUAGGUGAAGUUGUAAAGAUAGAGGAUGUGCCGGCUAAUCAGUUUGAAGCUGGUUCAGAACAUUUCAACCAAGUAGGUGAAGUUGUAAAGAUAGAGGAUGUGCCGGCUAAUCAGUUUGAAGCUGGUUCAGAACAUUUCAACCAAGUAGGUGAAGUUGUAAAGAUGGAGGAACUGACGGCUUGUCAGUUUGAAGCUGGUUCAGAACAUUUCAACCAAGUAGAUGAAACUCUAUCUAUUGGGGAAACCAUUCCUUCUGGGACUGGACAACACGCUGAGCUUGCUAACAAAUGUGCAUCAUAUGACUACAGGACUUCUGGAAAGUUGAAAACACAGAAACAGACGCACUCCGGAGAGAAACUUUAUUCCUGCAGUAAACUAUAG